AUGUUGCGAUAUUUUAUCGCUGUUAUAUGUUUUGGCGCGAUUUUCGGUAAUGGCAUGUGGGUGGUGAAACCUGGACCCAAGUAUCCACCAACGAAAGGCGAAGUCUGGCCAAAACCACAAUAUGAAACUAAGAGAAACACUUAUCAUAUUUUCAACCCUUCAAAUUUUAAAGUUAAGGUAAUAAAUCAGACUUGUGAUAUUUUAACCAAUGCUGUUGAACGUUAUUCGUAUGUUAUGAGGUAUAAAAAUGGCUUAAGAUUCCACGAAAGAAAGAUACACAAGCGCAGAAGACGUAUAGCAAACGAUGCCCUGUACAGAGGAACGCUGAAUGAAUUUGAAAUUGACCUCACUGCCCCUUGCGAAGACUAUCCUUCCUUGGAUAUGAAUGAGCAAUAUCAUCUUACAAUUGCUGCAACAUCCACACUUACUAGUUCGUCAAUAUGGGGCAUACUGCGAGGACUGGAAACCCUCGCACAGCUUUUCUAUCUAUCAAACGACCGCAAUGAAAUCCGUAUAAACGAGACCGACAUAACCGAUUUCCCGCGCUACAAACAUAGAGGUCUGUUGCUGGACACGGCGCGACACUACAUCUCUGUAUCUAACAUCCUGAAGACUUUAGACGCAAUGGAAAUGAACAAAAUGAACGUUUUCCACUGGCACAUUGUAGACGACCAGAGUUUCCCGUACCAAAGUGAAAAAUUUCCAGAAUUAAGUGAACUGGGGGCAUACGACUCGUCCAUGGUGUACACGCGGGAAGACAUCGAGCGGGUGGUGCGCUACGCGCGGGACCGCGGCAUUCGAGUCGUACCGGAGUUCGAUGCACCUGGACAUACGACGUCGUGGGGCGUCGCGUACCCCGCCAUCAUGACGGAGUGCUACAGCGGCGACCGGGUGAUAGGCGCCGGCCCCAUGGACCCCACCAACAACAUGACCUACAAGCUGCUCAAGGACCUGUUCCAGGAAGUCCAGACCUGGUUCCCGGACAAGUAUUUCCAUAUCGGCGGCGACGAAGUACAAUUAGAUUGCUGGAGCACAAACCCAACAAUACAAAAGUACAUGAAGGAUUAUAACCUGACGGCGUCGAUGUUACACGCCAUGUUCAUGAGGAAAGUGAUUCCUCUUCUGGCGCCUAACUCCAAACCUAUCGUAUGGCAGGAAGUAUUCGACGAAGGGGUUGAUCUAUCAAGAGAUACGCUCAUACAAGUGUGGAAGUACAAUUGGAUCAGUGAAAUGAUCCGUAUUCUACGCGCGGGCCACAAGUUAUUAUUCUCGUCGACAUGGUACUUGGACGCGUUAUCGUCGGAGUGGCCCGCCUUCUACACGGCGGACCCGCGCCUCAUGCUCGCGCCCUUCCUGAACAACGACACGCUGCUGGCCAACGUCGUCGGCGGCGAGGCCUGCAUGUGGGGGGAGAUGGUGGACGACCGGAAUGUUAUAAAUAGAGUAUGGCCGCGGGCGAGCGCGGUGGCGGAGAAGCUGUGGAGCGCGGCGGGCGUGGGGGGCCCCGGGAGCCCGGGGGGCGCGGAGGGCCCGGCGGGCGCGGGGGGCCCGGCGCCGCACACGUACGCGCGGCUGGAGGAGCACGCGUGCCGCAUGCUGCGCCGCGGCGUGGACGCGCAGCCGCCCUCAGGCCCCGGCUUCUGCCUGCUG